UCAGAUAUCUCAGAGCUGGGGGGGAGAAGCGGUGAAAAAUAUUUUCUGUAGCUUUUCCCCCCCACACCCCACCGCUUGCAGCUUUGAAGCGCGUUAUAUAGUCACAAAACACCCAGCAUUAAUACCUUACUUGCCGACAGCGCACGGGACCGUUUUAAUAGUAUUUCUGAAGUAUUUAUUUCCAGAAGCAGCGAGGAAAAAGUGAAGCGGUCCAACCUGUGCUGCUGAACCAGUGUAUAUCGUCGUUUAAAAACGAUCCGGAAAUUAGUCACUAAAAGACUUUUUUGUUUGUAGUCCGAUUUUUUUAUGUUCAUUUUGCUGUAUACAAAGCCACAGUACGGGCUGCUUGGUUCAAGACCGGACAUCUAGCCAACCUACAGACUUUGAGCUUCAGAGUCAUGACUACAGAGCAGUCAGGAAAUGCGAAAGCAGAGCCGGCUCUCCCCUCAUCUGCCAAUCAGAGCAAGGCAGUGUCUGAAAAACCAAACUACGCUCUGAAAUUCACUCUGGAGGGACAUACGGAAGCAGUAUCAUCAGUUAAGUUUAGUCCUAAUGGAGAAUGGCUAGCAAGUUCUUCUGCUGAUAAAGUAAUUAUAAUUUGGGGAGCCUAUGAUGGAAAAUAUGAGAAAACGCUUAAAGGACACAAUCUUGAAAUAUCAGAUGUUGCCUGGUCAUCAGAUUCCAGUCGUCUUGUUUCUGCCUCAGAUGAUAAAACUCUAAAACUUUGGGAUGUGAGAUCUGGAAAAUGUUUGAAAACACUUAAAGGGCACAGUAAUUACGUUUUUUGCUGUAAUUUCAACCCACCGUCCAACCUCAUCAUUUCAGGAUCUUUUGAUGAAAGCGUGAAAAUAUGGGAGGUGAAAACAGGCAAGUGCCUUAAGACUUUGUCUGCUCAUUCUGACCCAGUUUCUGCUGUUCAUUUUAAUUGUAGUGGGUCCUUGAUAGUAUCAGGUAGCUAUGAUGGUGUCUGUCGAAUCUGGGAUGCUGCAUCAGGUCAGUGUUUAAAAGCACUUGUUGAUGAUGAUAACCCUCCUGUCUCUUUUGUAAAAUUUUCUCCAAACGGUAAAUAUAUUCUCAUUGCAACUUUGGACAAUACUCUUAAACUAUGGGAUUACAGCAGAGGCAGAUGCCUGAAGACAUAUACUGGUCAUAAGAAUGAGAAAUACUGCGUAUUUGCCAGUUUUUCAGUUACUGGUGGAAAAUGGAUUGUCUCUGGUUCAGAGGAUAACCUGGUAUACAUUUGGAACCUUCAAACUAAAGAGAUUGUACAGAAAUUACAAGGUCAUACAGAUGUGGUAAUCUCAGCAGCUUGUCAUCCUACAGAAAACAUCAUUGCGUCAGCAGCAUUAGGAAAUGACAAAACAGUUAAAUUGUGGACGAGUACUUACUAAACCCUUUAGAAAUCAAGUAGUAGAGUCAA